AUCCAUAUCAUCAACAUACAAACGUGGACAUACAGACGAAGUCGACGGGAUCUAGGGCAGGGUUUAUUUAGGUCUAGGCUUAGCAGCAAUAAUAAGUGAAGGAAUCAAUUCAAAAUGAAUAUUAUCACUAUAACAGAAGAAGCUGUGAAGAAAUUGUUAAAUUAUGCAGAUCUGAUACCAAUAAUUAGCAGUGCAUUUGCCAAAUUUUCGAUGGGAAAGGAAGGUGGUGUUGUGCAGCCGGUCCGGGUGAUGUUUCCUGCGGAAAAACAAAAUGGAAUGAAUUAUGUUAUGCCGUGUUUGUAUGAUGAUAUUAUGACUACAAAGAUUGUGACAUUUUACUCGGACAACAAGGACAUGCCUUCCCACCAAGCUUAUAUAUCGUUGUUUGACGCCACCAACGGGACAAUGAAAGCUUUGUUAGCUGGUGAAACAAUAACAUGUCAACGAACUGCAGCAAUGUCAGCAGUUGCAACAAAACAUCUUGCACCUAAGAACCCUAAAGUACUUGCAAUUCUCGGUGCCGGAGCCCAAGCUAGAAGUCAUUUCCAUUGCCUUAAUUCCAUCAUUCCCUUUGAAGAGACAAGAAUCUGGACUAGAACAUUUUCCAAGGCUCAGGCGCUAGCCAAAGAGCUUGGAUGCAGGGCUUGUGAAACAGGAGAGGAGGCGGUGCAAAAUGCGGAUGUCAUAGUAACAGUUACCAGUUCCUCCACACCUGUCCUAAAAUAUGAAUGGGUCAAGAAAGGUGCCCAUAUUAAUGCGGUUGGUGCCUGUAGGCCUAAUUGGCAGGAAAUUGACCCAGAGCUCAUGCGCAAUGCAGUUGUAUAUGCUGACAGCCUCGAAGCUAUUUUUAAGGAGUCUGGUGAUGUUCUUCUAUCCAAGUGUGAUGUUUAUGCAGAAAUAGGAGAAGUUGUGAAUGGAACCAAGGAAGCAAAAACUGAACAAACAACUGUCUUCAAAUCAUUAGGUCUAGCUGUAAUGGAUACAGUUACUUCAAGACUAGUCUACAAUAAAUACUGCGAGCAGUCAUUGAAUAGCACCGCCUAGAGUUCUGGCUGGGUUUCUCUGAAUAGCCCUGCUGAAAUUUGAGUCUAACCAAUUAAACAAAACUCAUAAUUGAUAUUAAUAAUAAUCACUUAAUUUUUUUAUAUAAAUUAGGCCACAAUGAAUCAAUCUUGCCCAUAAUCAAAGAACAGUAGAUUUUAUUUAUACUAUUGUCUUUUAUGAUAUUUUUAUAGACAUAAGUACUAUAUAUUUUGAUAUAGAAUGUAAUGAUGUGAUUUAUACUCUAGUAAAAUUGGGGCUUUCAGAAUCAGAGGGUUUGGUUUAAUCUGAAUGCAAAUCACAUUAUUAAAUUUUUAAUUUCUAAAUUCCACAAGAAACAGUAUAAUAUCUUUAUUAUGUAAAAAAGAUUUACAUAAUUUUGUAUAUAGUUUUAACAUAAAAUAUUAUGAGACAAAGGGAGAUAUUAUUUUAUGUUUUUAAACAGAUGUUUUAUACAAAAUUAUAUGCUGCGUUUUAAUGAAUGUAUUAUAUACAUACUAGACAGAUGGGACUAGUGUUGUCUGAAAGCUCUGGUUCUGUUUCUGGCUGCAAACUUUGCUUAUGUUUAUGUUUUUAAACAGAUGUUUUAUACAACAUUAUAUGCUUCUUUUUAAUGAAUGUAUUAUAUACAUGCUACAUAGAUGGGCUAGUGUUGUCUGUAAGCUCUGGUUCUGUUUCUGGCUGCAAACUUUGCUUAUGUUUAUGUUUUUAAACAGAUGUUUUAUACAACAUUAUAUGCUUCUUUUCAAUGAAUGUAUUAUAUACAUGCUACAUAGAUGGGCUAGUGUUGUCUGUAAGCUCUGGUUCUGUUUCUGGCUGCAAACCUCGCGUUUACAUUUUAGCUUUUUUUUUUUUUUCUACUUAAUUCAGGAUUCAGCCAUCUAUUCCCACGUUGUAUUGUUUUUUUUUCCUCCAGUAUUUUACCUUUUAAUAAUAAUUGGUUUUUGUCUGAAAUCCACUGUACAUUAAUAUAAAUGUAUAAAUUAUUUGCAUAAAUGUGAAUAUCUAAAAAAAAGAAGUUUAAACACAUAUUGUUUUGGUGUUGGUACACGUGGUGUAAUCAUAUUGAGUUUUAAUGAUGACAGUGUGCUAUAAAAUUACAAUUUACAUUAAAUGUGUAUACUGUACAUUAGUCGGCCUAUGAUGAAAAUAUUUGUAAACAUUGUUCAUUCAAGGUUGACAUACAUAGCUGAUAUAUACCAUAAAACUUUUAAUAAUAACCCUGGGUUACUAUUCUUUGAUUGUUUUUUUAGGUUGGGUUACUAUUAGAGUAUGGGUUACUAUUAGAGUAGUUGGUUACUUCUACUAAGUUUAAUUUAGGCACUUGAAAGCAGUAAAACCCCACCCACCCCCAGCUUUUUGUGUUAGCAAUUCAUAGAAAUAAAUAACUACAGUAUGAGUAAAAAAAACUUCGUUGAUUAAAUCUUAUUUAUAAA